CACAUGCCAUGCAUGAUCUAGCUUUCUCUCCCUCAGAUGAAAUAGUUUUGUGGAGCCGAAAGGUUGUCUGGAUUCCAACAGAAACUAAUUUUGGACGGCGAAGCCCUACCGGAUAGCUGACACCAUAUGUGUGCAACCCCGUAGAGAGGUCGUAGGUUCGAUCUUUUGCCUGAGGGGCUGUUCGAGGGCCUCCCGGAGGGCUGUUCGAGUGACCGUCCGAGUUUCUGAGAGUGGCUCCUGAAGGGUUGUCUGAGUGACCGUUUGAAUUUCUGAGAGUGGCUCCUGAAGAGCUGUCCGUGACAUCGUCCGAGGGACUGUCCGACCGCCUUCCGAAGGCCUGUCCGACCGCCUUCCGAAGGCCUGUCCGUGACAUCGUCGAGGGACUGUCCGACCGCCUUCCGAAGGCCUGUCCGACCGCCUUCCGAAGGCCUGUCCGAACAUCCUCGCAGUUGGGAGGUUGUAAAUCCUACCUGCGGGGAUCUGCAUCGACGAUCUACAUCGACUCUACUUCCGCUGCGCCACGAGUCGAUUAUGGGUCACUCGGAAAGGCAUCAAGGAAGAGCGACGCGUUAAGCUACAGAAUUAUGCUCCCACAGACCCUAUGUUUGGUGCACAACUAACACUUAGGCAGUGGGUUUAUUCAUCGGGCAUUUCCUGCAGAACUUGUCCAAGUUGUUGAUGGUCAGCUUCUGCAAGGUUCCUCUCUUCCUUGCUGCAGCCGGGACGGUUGUUUUCUAGCGUCGAUCUUCCAAUUGGGAUUGAUCUGCUCUAGCUACUUGCCUGGCCAGAGGAUGACUAUGAGCGAUGUGGUUGUUACGCUCAAGAAGAUCAAAUGAUGGAGGAGGUCGUACUUUUGAUUGUGGGCGCAGGGCCUGCAGGGCUCGCAACUGCAGCAUGCCUUAGCCAAUUCUCCAUCCCCUAUGUCAUCGUUGAGCGUGAGAAUUGCAGCGCAUCACUAUGGCGCAACCGCACGUAUGACCGGCUGAAGCUACAUCUAGCGAGGGAAUUUUGUGAGUUGCCACACAUGCCGUACCCAGCAGAUACCCCAACAUACAUACCAAAGAACACUUUCAUCAAGUAUGUGGAUGACUACAUUGAGUGUUUCACUAUCCAUCCGAGGUAUCUCACUGUUGUUGAGUCAUCCACAUAUGACUUCAAUGGAAAAUAUUGGUCUAUCAUGGCGCGCGACAUGGCAAAGUGCACAAUAGUUAAUUACAGGGCGAAGUUUCUUGUUGUGGCAAGUGGUGAGAAUAGUGUUGAGAAUAUUCCAGUGGUCCCUGGCCUGGAAAACUUCUCGGGUGUGGCCAUCCACUCAUCAUGUUACAAGUCAGGCAUCGACUACUCCGGGAGGAAUGUGUUGGUCAUCGGAUCUGGUAACUCUGGGAUGGAGAUCACCUACGACCUUGCUUCUCAUGGUGCCAAUACUUCUAUAGUUAUACGAAGUCCGAUUCAUGUAAUGACAAAGGAAUUAAUCCGACUAGGGAUGACACUUGUCCAUUAUCUUCCACUAAAGAUGAUAGAUGGUCUCCUUUUGAUGAUGGCAAAUUUCGUAUUCGGGGACCUCUCUAGGCAUGGCAUCACAAGACCAGAAAAUGGUCCACUUGUCCUGAAGUCGGAAACUGGUCGAUCCGCAGUGAUUGAUGUUGGCACCAUAGGGUUAAUCAAGAAUGACAAAAUUAAAGUUCAUGGAAGGAUUACUAAGAUCAAAGGAAAAAUAAUUGAAUUUGAAGGUGGGAAGGAAGCCUCCUUUGAUGCCAUUGUGUUUGCAACCGGAUACAAAAGCACAGCAAAUUCAUGGCUCAAGAAUGAUAAGGACAUGCUAAAUAGCGAUGGCUUGCCCAAGAAGGAAUUCCCUAAUCAUUGGAAAGGGGCAAAUGGGCUCUAUUGUGCCGGGUUAGGGAGAAGGGGAUUGGCUGGUAUUGCCAUGGAUGCUAAGAACAUCGCCAAUGACAUUAAACGUAGCAGACUCUAUGUGCAGCUAAAUUAGCAUUUAUAUGUCUUCUUUUUUUUUGAAGGGAAGCAUUUAUAUGUCUUCUACUAGGAGAAAAGUGUUGGAUUCCUACAAUUUAUCCAUAAUAGGUUCGAUCAGAUGCUGCAAAAUUUAGUUCAUGUCAGAGUCCUAUAUGAUACUCCCUUCGUUCCUAAAUAUAAGCAUUUUCAGAGAUUUCAAUAUGGACUACAUACGGAGCAAAAUGAGUGAAUCUACACUAUAAAAUAUGUCUAUAUACAUUUGUAUGCAGUCCAUAUUGAAAUCUCUUAAUGGGCUUAUAUUUAGAAACGGAGGGAGUAGAAUAUUAUUCCUAGUGUUGUACCAUUACAGUCUACAGUAGGUUGUGUCCAAGUUUUAAAUUUGACAGUUUUCUGCCGGUUUUGGUUUAGUUAUCCUUUAUUAUAAAUAAUCUAAUGAAACUGGUCCAAAAUAUCGUGCGUACUCGGGUUGUUUCCCAAAUAUUCUGAAACAGGUCCAAAUAUUCCAUGGUAUAGUGAAUUGGUCCGGAACUGCAGUUAAACAUGCAGGCUCGGGUAGUUUCCCAAAUAUUCUGAAACUUUCGUCAGUGCUUCCCA